GUCCCGAGAAGGUUCCGGGUGACGCCUUCUGGUCCGGGGGUGGGCGGUUAAAGCGCUCCUUGGCUGAAAGGAGGAGGAACUGGCAACGGGGAGGAGGCUGUAGCAAGGCCUGGAAGGCUGCGCAGUCAGGCAGGGGUUGGGGAGCGGCCAUGGAGCGCGUCUGAUAUGCUGCUGGGGUCGUGACCGCUCGAGGACGGAGGCAGGACCUGGCCAGACCCAGCCUGGAGGCCUCGCCUUCGUUAGGCCUCAUCUCCGACGGUCGGGUAGGCCUCACGAGAGGCUCCUUUCCGUGUGGCCGCCUAAGGUUCCUGCCCUGAUUUCUGUCCAGGAGAUGGCCUCCCCGAGCCCCCCGUUGGAGCCAAAGGGGUUGCUGACAUUUGAGGAUGUGGCUGUGUUUUUUACCCAGGAGGAGUGGGAUUAUCUGGAUCCAGCUCAGAGAAGCUUGUAUAAAGAUGUCAUGAUGGAGAAUUAUGGAAACCUGGUCUCCCUGGAUGUUUUGAACAGAGAUAAGGAUGAGGAGCCAACUGUGAAACAAGAAAUUGAGGAAAUUGAGGACAAAGUGGAAUCACAGGGUAUAAUAGUUACAAGAAUCAAAAGUGAAAUUGACCAGGACCCCAUGCAUAGAGAAACCUUUGAACUUGUUGGUAGGUUAGAUAAACAGAGAGGAAUCUUCUUAUGGGAAAUACCAAGGGAAUCUUUGACCCAGGAACAGAGAAUGUUCAGAGGAAACACUAACAUUAUUCGUAAGAGACCUAACUCAGAAGAGAAAUGCCAUAAAUGUGAAGAAUGUGGAAAGGGUUUUGUUCGCAAGGCCCAUUUUAUUCAACAUCAAAGAGUUCAUACUGGUGAGAAACCUUUUCAAUGCAGUGAAUGUGGGAAAAGUUUUAGUCGCAGUUCAUUUGUUAUUGAACAUCAGAGAAUUCACACUGGGGAAAGGCCCUAUGAGUGUAAUUACUGUGGGAAAACCUUUAGUGUGAGUUCAACCCUUAUUAGACAUCAGAGAAUCCAUACUGGAGAGAGACCCUAUCAGUGUAAUCAGUGUAAACAGAGCUUCAGUCAGAGAAGGAGCCUUGUUAAACAUCAAAGGAUUCACACAGGUGAGAAACCCCAUAAAUGUAGUGACUGUGGAAAAGCCUUCAGUUGGAAGUCACACCUUAUUGAGCAUCAAAGAACUCACACUGGUGAGAAACCCUACCACUGUACCAAAUGUAAGAAAAGCUUUAGUCGAAAUUCAUUACUUGUUGAACAUCAGAGAAUUCACACUGGAGAAAGACCCCAUAAAUGUGGUGAAUGUGGGAAAGCCUUUAGAUUAAGUACAUACCUUAUACAACACCAAAAAAUCCACACUGGUGAGAAACCUUUCCUUUGUAUUGAAUGUGGGAAAAGCUUCAGUCGGAGCUCUUUCCUUAUUGAACAUCAGAGGAUCCACACAGGUGAGAGACCUUAUCAGUGCAAAGAGUGCGGAAAAAGCUUCAGUCAACUGUGCAACCUUACUCGUCAUCAGAGAAUUCACACAGGAGACAAACCCCAUAAGUGUGAGGAAUGUGGAAAAGCCUUUAGUAGAAGCUCAGGUCUUAUUCAGCAUCAGAGAAUCCACACCAGAGAGAAGACUUAUUCAUACAAUGACACUAAGGAAAGUUUUGAUCCAAAUUGCAGUCUUGUUAUACAACAGGAAGUCUUCCCUAAGGAAAAAUCUUAUAAAUGUGAUGAAUGUGGGAAAACUUUUAGUGUCAGUGCUCAUCUUGUACAACAUCAAAGAAUCCACACUGGUGAAAAGCCCUACCUGUGUACUGUAUGUGGGAAAAGCUUCAGUCGGAGCUCAUUUCUUAUUGAACAUCAGAGAAUCCACACUGGUGAGAGACCCUAUCUGUGCAGACAGUGUGGCAAAAGCUUUAGUCAACUUUGUAAUCUUAUUCGACAUCAGGGUGUUCACACAGGUAAUAAACCCCACAAAUGUGAUGAAUGUGGUAAGGCCUUCAGUCGGAACUCAGGCCUUAUUCAGCAUCAAAGAAUACACACAGGAGAAAAGCCUUAUAAGUGUGAUAAGUGCGACAAAAGUUUUAGUCAACAGCGCAGCCUUGUCAACCAUCAGAAGAUCCAUGCAGAGGUGAAAACCCAAGAAACCCAUGAAUGUGAUGCUUGUGGCGAAGCCUUCAAUUGCCGCAUGUCUCUUAUUCAGCACCAAAAAUUGCACACUACUUGGAUGCAGUAAACCUAGAGAAGUAUUUAAGCUUACUUUGAGCUACCCAAGUGCAGUUUCAGUGUUGCUCAACAUGAGUCAGAUUUAAUGGUAAAGCAAAUUCUCCUUGGCCUCAGGCAAAGGUUUCUAAAGAUUCCAUGAAUAGCUGCCCACAGGCAUUUGAAGCCUUCCAUUACUCUUUGUUUUGGCGAUCAUAGAGAAACUCUAAUCAUAUUUUCAAAAUAAAUCAGCAGAGAGGUUAAAUGCAGGCUCAGAGUACCUGGUUAUAAUUAAUAAAGAGAAUGACAAAGUUGCAUUGGUACAAAGGAGCUGGAAGCAGCUGAUGUUAGAAAACUGGAAUAAUAGUUCAGAGUCCUCUGCCACCAUCUUAUGUGGUGGUUCUUUCAUUUCCAUAAUGUGUUUGGCUAUGCAUGCCAAAGUCCAGUCAUUGAGCAUAUGAUGAAGUUUUCAAGGAAACAGCCCAGAUUUUUUUUUUUCCUUUUGAAACUGGUAUCCAGAGUAUUUAUGUUGUUUCAGCCAGUUGUUUGGCACUUGAGUUAAAGGAAGCAGUUCCAAUGCCUUGCGGUUCCCAGAUCUGUGAAAUGAGUGGACCAGUAAUUUUACAUGUAAAGAUUAUGUGAGUAACAAACCUAGCAAAGGUGUUACCAAGGAACUUUUGGGAGUGCCUUUUAUUAUUUUUUUUUCCCUAGAUGGGCCCAAAAAAGUGGAGGAAGACACUUCUUUUGUGCUCUCCUAUCUAUGAAAGAUAUUUGUAGCCCUAUACAAAUAAUCUUAUUCCUUCACUACCAGUAGCAUGUGAAAGUGUACAUAUUUUGAUUGUUAAGAAUUGGAAAUAAAAAGACCUGGAGUCUGUUAGGAAGCUGAGAUAUUUUGGUAUUGCUUUGGUUUUUAUGGUAAUUAGACUUUGCAUGCCAUUUUAAAAUCCUUAUUUCUGGUUCUAGGGCUUCCCUUAGUUAAUGGUUAUUAUAAACCUGUUGAUUCCUCUGUUCUAGUCAUUAAACCUAUUUUGUUUUUUGCUUUG